AUGUUAAAAGAACAUAAACAAGCGUCAGAAUCUGUUCAGUUCAUCUCCAAUGCAUUACAGUCAUCGACCACAGAUGGAAUGGCUCCAUGGCUUGCCACUUUUGUUGCUUCAUCCCUUUUAAUAUUGAAUGACUCCAAAUCCCAGGUAAAUGAAGUAGUAACAAUGCUUGAACCAAUAAUUCAUGAAGAACGAUCACAAAAGGCGAUCGAUGAAAAACUACGUCUAUUACACUUAGGUCACAUUUGUUCUGAUCAACAGAAAUUUGUUGAUGCACUCAACCAUUGGGAAGAAGCCUUAGAAAUCGAAUGGGAUAUGCUUUCUGCAACAGAAAUGAUUUACAAUGGAAUUAUUUACUUGCAAAUGGCUGCCGUAUAUCUUAGAAUGAACAAUAAGACCCAAUCUUUAAAAGCAAUGGAAAAAGCAAAAACAUCUCUGGAAUAUUACUAUCCAUCAACUCAUCAAAUGAUUGCUGGUAUGAAUCUGAUGUACGGAUAUUAUCUCAUGUUAAAUGAAAAAACUGCUGAAGCGAUUGAUUUAUUGACAAAAUCACUGGAAAAUUCGCAUUUUUCAACAAAUAAGGCUUUUCUUUGGGUCGUUCUCACUUUGUUAGCAGUUGCUUCUCUCCAAAAUGGUGAUAUCAGUCGUGCAGAAAGCUUUUGUGAUCAAGCUCGUGCAUAUCCAGUACCGGCGACUAUUCCACUAUCAGCUUUUGAUCUUUGA